CUAAAUGUGUGCCAGACAUACGAUUUGUGUGCGUAAAUCGCUGAAUAAAUUUCUAAGGUUUUUAUUUAGUCAAGGAGAAUUCCCUUUAUGUGCCAUAAGGUUGCUUUAUUUCAAGAUAAAACGCCAUUCAUGCCAUUGCGUUGCUUUUUAAUUAAAGCGGUUGUAGCCAAAUUUUUUGGCCCCGAGUGAAAAAUAAAAAAAAGUUCUAAUACGGAGCCGUGGCGUCACCUACCAAUGUUUGUUCGAAUUAUGAUUUCGCGGGUGGCGGCGUUCGAGCUACGGCUAAGGUCGGACGAGAAAGAAGCGGCAGGUUGUACGACUGCCGAAGCUGGCCGAGGCGCAGCGCGCACACGUACGCGGUCGCUCUCUCGUGUGCGUAUCCCCCUCCACGCGUUAGCAUGUUGCAGCGUCUCGCUGGCAUCACCGCGGUCACCAGUCGUCGUGUUCCCGUGAUCUCGUCGAGUCUGGUUCCGGUGGCUUAUGCGGAUUUGCCGUCGCGGCGGACGCAGUCGAUGCCCGUUCCGUUGAUUCGAGCAGGACCGUACCGCACGGCAGCGCGAGGAUCCAGGAGUGCCGGCGUACCGUUCUCGCGUCAGAUAUGAGCCACGCUUGGCUACGCUUUUCACGUGCGUCGCAGAGUGGCCGCCGGCGGCAGCGCGGGUGUGUCCGCUGAAUCGAUCGCGUUCCGAUACGGUGCGAUCGAGUGUGUCAGUCACCUCGCCGACGGCCGACGGGAGCGUGUCGGCGCCUUCGCGGUCGCUAGGACCGCGCGCGCGCGCGCGUACGCGGGUGCGCACCGUGUCGGUAUGCACAGUCGACCACCAGCCACCGCGAUGUCGACGGUGGCCGAGCCGCAGGAACGCAACAUCGCCUACAACGGCAAGGACAACGUGUCAGCUGUGGUGGUGCAGCCUACCACUACCAGGUGCAGACUCAGGGUCUACAAGAUCGUAGUGCUAGGCGAUGGUGGCGUUGGCAAAUCAGCCGUCACGCUGCAGUUUGUCAGUCACAGAUUUCUGGAUUAUCAUGAUCCUACUAUAGAGGACUCAUAUCAGAAGCAAGUGGUUAUCGAUGGCGAGGCAGCUCUCUUGGAUAUUUUGGACACAGCUGGACAGGUGGAGUUCACAGCCAUGCGCGAGCAGUACAUGAGGUGCGGAGAAGGUUUCAUGAUAUGUUACUCCGUGACGGAUAGACAUAGCUUCCAAGAGAUAAUGGAGUACAGGAAACUAAUAUCGCGGGUGCGCGCCAACGAGGAGAUUCCUCUGGUGUUGGUCGGCAACAAGUUUGAUCUGCAGCAUCAUCGAAAGGUGAGCAUGGAGGAGGGUAAGGCACUGGCAAAGGAACUAGGUUGUCCGUUUUACGAGACGUCCGCUGCGCUCAGGCAAUUCAUAGACGACGCGUUCUUCUCGUUGAUCAGGCAGAUCCGCGCCAAGGAGAAGUCCCGCAACCGCAAGCGCAGCCGCUGGUGGCGGAUUCGUUCGAUAUUCGCGUUCAUCUUCCGGCGGAAACAGAGGCACCUUUCCCAUCAUUCGCUUUAAAACCGUUUCGAUAGUGAGCCUCCUACUAGCAAGAUUAUUGAAAUCAAAGGCAGCAAUAGGACGAGUGUAAUAUCAAGAGGGUUCGCAACGAAGUAAGCGUAUUAAUUGCCCAUAGCUUUUUAUAACUCACACAGUAGUCUUGUUUAGAGACUGACGAUUUGUCAACACCACACUGCCUUAUCGUUGACCCCAUAUACUCUGGAUACGGCAAGGUGAAAUUGUCAGAGACAGACUGGAAAGCGCACUUGUAUUUAAUCUGAGAUCUCAGAUUAGUCAAUCACUCGUGCUACUCGGCAUGUACGUAUAUAACAAAUAUAUAUGAGUGCACAUAUAUGUUAUAUAUAUAUAUAUAUAUAUAUAUAUAUAUAUAUAACAUAUAACGUUCGAUAGAGAGAAUCAUGCUUCCUGUAAACGGCGCAACGUCAUACUCGUGGCUUCCAGUUUCUCCUACGAUGACAGCAGUCUCUCUUCCAUGAUUUAUCUCUCAAAGGCUGUUAACGUACAUUCACGUUCAUUUAGGCUUCGUGAAGCAAUCAGUGAUGAGAUGACGAAGCUAAAUGCCGAAAGUAUCCAACUUUAGUUAGAUAUUUCGACUGUCUCAAGUAAAGUCUCUCUAUUCUAACUCUGAUUGUAAUAAACUCCGAUCUGUAGACUUUAGUUUGCUACUAGCAGCUGAUUACGUGACCAAAGAGAAGUAUAUGAAACAUUAAGACGAAGUGGCAAGUGCAAGAUAUUAUAUAAGAGCUUCGUAACAGAGAUUGUUGCAAUUUUACAUGAGAGAUUAUUGCGCUCCAAGUGGUAAAUGAUAAACUGAAUUUAUUUAUUCUAAUUUAAUUCACCAUGUAAAUAUGAGAGAAAUGUUAUAUAAGUAUUAAAUGAUUUUAUAUAAAAGAGAUUGAUUUUUAGAAUGUACAUUCUAUAAAUAUGUACUCUAAAAAUUAUAUACGCGCGCGCGAUAACUUUGUCCAAGUUACAAUAAGUUGCAAAGUUUAAGAUUGUUGCAUUACGUGAAUCAUGUGAUCUCCAAGAUAUUUCAAAGAGAUAUUUCUCAAGAGAAAUAUAUCAUAAAAUACGUCUGCCAUAAAUACGGACAAUUAAACUGGCGAUAUAAGCAACUAUUAUACAUUAUUUCUAUACAUUACCAAUAUACGACAGCUCCAGGAGAAAUACUGUAUAGAUUUUUAACAUAAUUAUGACUCUUAUGCAUGUGUUGUACAGUUACAGUGCACAACAUUGCAGUUUGAUUGCAAUUUAAUUUUUGUUGACGAUUUGACGAUAAAUGCCUCGAUCAUAUAUGCAGCUCUUCAAGUAUAGAAUUAUGUUUAUAUAAGUUGAAAUUAAUAAAUUGUUCACACACUAAUUAUUUCUUCAUCUAACAUUUAAUGUGAAUUAAUGGCACAAAAUGUUUAUAAUAGUAGUAGAAUAUAAAUUUGCACUGAUAUGUGUAUAUUUUAUAUAUAUAUAAACAAGGGAAAGAGAGAAUUAUUUAGAUGUAAGCACCUGCAUAGUAAUUGUCUAGUCGUUACUUAAAUUGUCCUAGUCACAUUUUGCAUUUUGUUGUAAUACAUUAAUUUAUAUUAGUUUAAUUACAUAGUUUAAACGUUGAUCAAUGUGCACUUUUAUAUGUUAUUACUUGUAAUAUUAUAUAUCAAAUAAAUAUCUUUAUCUAUAAAAAUAUAAUUUAAUCUAUUUAAAACGCAGUUUCUUUUAUUUAUUAAUAAAUACUAAUUUACUCCGUAAUAAUAAUGUACAAUGUACUUUUGAUAAUUUUGCCAAAGUUUCGCAAUAUAAUUAAUACAAAAUGGCUAUCAAGUAAACUUUCUUUUCCUCUUUGUCUAUCUCUCUCUCUCUCUCCCUCUCUCGCUCGCUCACUUUCUUUACUAAUAAAUAAUAGUUAUAUGUAUUUUAAAAAAAGAGAAAUUGCCAUAAGAUGCGAUAUUGCAAAUGAAAUAUUCAUACUUUCACAUAUCAGUGAGAAGUAUUGUUAUUUUAGAGCUAUUAUUUUCUAAUUAACGACGUAUAAAAUCAAAUUACGUAAACUGAGAAUUGUAAUAUGUAUAUGACAUUAUUGUUAAUUAUAUAUAAAAAUGUUUAUAUAUAAGUAAAUUGAUACAUGUCACGAAUAAUUAAAUUAUAUCGUCGUUUUAUACAACAUUUAGUUAAAUAUAAAAUGGAUUAAAUAUGAAAUAUAAUUUCGCGCAGAUAAUAAAUUCCGCAUGUGUAAUAACCAUGAGAGUAUCGUGAAUGGAAAAUGUAACAACAAGCAUAUAAAGAAUAUUUAAAAUGUAUAAGGUCGACAUAAUAAUUAAUGAUUGCUUGCAUAUUACAUUUUUAUUUGAUGUUACGCAUGUACAUACAUUUGUUAUAAGAAUUCCGUAAACUUUUAAUAACGUGUACUUAAAAAGAAACCUCUAAUUUAGAUGUAAUUUCUUUAUUUAACAGAUAGCAAGUUCGAUUGAUGGCACAAAUAAAUAUCAUAUAUAAAAAUUGUAAGAAUUUCGCGAUAUAAAAUAUAUAUAUUCCAUAUGCUGGCUAAAGCAUUGAUCUAAUACAAAACUAAAAUAUUUUGUAUACUAUUAAUACAAAAUAAUUUUACAGUAAGUAAUAAUUAUUGAAGAAAUAAAAUUUUAAAAUCAUACUUGUAUUAUAUCUGAAUAUAUUUCGUUAUUACAAA